CAGUGACAGGCAGUGAUUGACUCCUGCGUUAUUUUGCUCCAGGUGUGGCGUUACAAUGCAGAAGUCCAAUAGGAAUUCAGGCGGCGCAGUUUUCUACAAGUCGCUGACCGAUACCACAGAAGUCAGAUGUGGAUACUUGUAUAAAUCUCCCUCAAAGCAGCUGAGGACAGAGAAAUCAUGGAAGAGACGUUACUUUGUCCUCGUUAAAGUGAACGAGCAACAGCAUCAGCUCUGGUACUUCAGGAGUCCAGAGGAAAAGGACAAGCCGCUUGGAUCUAUAGAUCUGGCAAAAGUCUCAAAGUUGUACGUGAACCCUCAGGGUCAUCCGAAGUGGGAGUGGGUCCAGAGGACCUUAAAAUGCUCCUCAUCCUGUGUACUCUUCCUCAGCACUGAGAAUCGAGAGUACUUCCUCGUUGGGGAGACCAGCGAGGAGGUGGAAAGCUGGUUCUGUGACCUGUUCGAUGCCCUGAAACACCGUCCACAUCAGUGUCACAAUGCUGAGCAAAAGAAAAAGGGCCAGUCAGCAGCUCCGGUCAUUUCAAGCCCUCGUGCACAGGAAAAGAAGUCCCCUGAGGUUACGAAGGACCUGGUCGUUAAGAUUGGGGAAGCCGGCUCUAAACAUUUUUUGCCACCUCCACCCACAAAGAUUAGGUCCAUAUCUGAUCCACCUUCAAAAAGUGUGGAUUAUGAUCCAGAGAAGAGAAAGGCUAUAUUGUUUGAUUUCCCAAUCGGCCGACAGGAGGAAGACGAUGCCCAAAGACGUGCAUCUGCACCUUCGCAGCCGAUCUAUGACCAUCCAAGAUCCUACCUCAAGUCAAAUGUUGGUGAAAAUAGUCGAGGACGUUCCCUCAGCAUGGGAACGAGCAUGGAACCACUGUAUAUUACGAUGAAGGGAAAUGAUGAAUAUGCCGCGCAGAAAGUUGAGUGUGAAGAUGCAGAGGGUGAUAAAGGCACUAUAAUGAGGUCCGUCACGUACGUCUUCGACACAUAUAAGAUAGGCACCCCUCCUCUGUCUACGAAUGGAGGAGACAUGGCCACUGAUGACAGAGAGGAAAAACGUCAGUCAUCAGAAUUGAGCAGCUGCUCCAGUGAUUACGCUUCUCCUGAAGAGCUGGAAAAGCAAAACUCUACUGAGAGUCUGGACUUGAGCGCUGCAGAAGAGAGAGAUUUAGAGGUGAAGCAGGCGGAUUUGAAAAAGCACCUCACACUUACUGACAAAGAUGGAAAACCAAGCGUGUCUGCCUGGACGGGACAGCCACAGACAGAGUGCCUGUUCCACAAAGGAGACCAGAUCCUGGCCCUGAACGACCUGCACACUGGCAGCGUGGAGGACUUCAACCUGUACAUCAGCAGGUCACUCAAGAACGAGGUGAAAGUGACCAUUCUGCGACGGCCUGGAUGUCAGCCCCUGCAUUGGCCGAACUGCCCCUGCACUGGCUGAGACCGUCAUCCUCCCAUAUGUCUGCUUCUGUUCACAUUUAUUAGGACGGCUGGGUUUUUUUUAUUUUUUUUUAGGACUGUGGACAUAUUUUAUCGACCUCUCACUUUACUAGUUUACCCACUUUGAUUUUUUUGAAGUAUAAAGCUUAAAAUGAAAGAUGUUAUAGCCUUAUAUGUAAGCAGAUCACAUGUGCUUAAUUUGCCAUGUGCUUGUUUGAUUUACAGUGGGUUUGGUGCACAUUUUGUUAAAAGGCGAAAAGACUGGUGCCCUGUGUAACGAUAGUAACAUGAUCUAAACCAGGGGUGUCAAAUAUGAGAUUUUCAUGCGGCCCGCGAGAAGUUUCCAACGCAAAAAAAACGAAAUGUUAAUUUACUAAAAAGGAAGGCAUAAAAUAAUUGCCAUGAAUCGCAGCAUAUCCGAUAAUAUAUUUCUUCUACAAAUCCAUCGUUAUUCCACAAAGAGAGCAGUUUUUGACAUUUUUUUAGUUUUCUAGAAUGCAUUUGCCGAUUUUAUUUCUUUGUAGAUGGUCGUUUAUUUUUAUUAACUGACUACUAUUAUAUAUUUUCGCAGGAUGAUAAAAGAUAGAAGAUAUUUAUUCGGAGAAUUUCAGUUUUGAAUAAGAGGAUAGUGACAAGUAAAACAGUUAAAAGAGAAGUGCUGACUUUUUCGGCACACUGGCGUAAA